AUGCAGUACGUGCGAAGCUUGAGCGGCCCGGUUUCCAAAACCUGGAAUUCAAUCAAUCCUGCCACUCUGAGCGGGGCUAUUGAUGUUAUAGUCAUCGAACAUGAGGAUGGAAGCCUUGCUUGUUCGCCCUUCCACGUCAGAUUCGGCAAAUUCUCGUUGCUUCGCCCCUCCGAAAAGAAAGUCGAGUUUAGAGUCAAUGGAGUCAAGCAAGAUUAUUCUAUGAAAUUGGGUGAUGGAGGAGAGGCCUUCUUUGUCUUCGAAACGACCGACAAUGUGCCUGCGGCACUCCAGACCUCUCCAAUAGUUUCGCCCGCCAGCAGUCCAGCGACCUCUGUCAAUGAACUGCCUUCUCUUCAAGACCCCCCUGACCUGGAUUUGGACGGUGCCAAUACCUCGAAGGUUGAGUCGACAGAUCCAGUUGGCAUUCCAAUUCCAAAUCACCGCUUUGGAAGUCACAAUCUCGGAAAUUUGACGCCGUUAUCACAAUCACCCAGUGACUCCGCGAUAUCGCGAAAUCGUCUCGACUCAUUCGAUGAGCACACCCUCGUGCCGAAGCUGGAUCGUUCGGCUUCUGAUGGCAUCCUACCACCAGAGAGCGAAGCCCUAGGGAGCGAACCGUCCAGUCCUGCCAGUUUGCUUCACGCGGUGACUCGAGCUACUAAUCAGGAUCGCCUUUCGACAAGCCCUCCGCCUCUCUCACCCAGCGAGGCUAUUUCGCGCGCGAAAGCCCUGUCGAAGAAACUGUCAGGCUCCAAUAUUCCUUCACAAGUAACCGAAACCGGCGAUCUCAUGUUGGACAUGACCGGAUACAAGAGUAGUGAGGAAGAUGCGCUUCGUGCGGAAGUUGUUGCACGUAAGAUUCUUUCCGAAGAAUUGGAGGGUAACUAUGACAUUGGGGCUUUGAUUGGCGCAGACGACCAUGGCAACCUCUGGAUCUACAGUAGUGAGGAGGCAAAAGCUGCCGCUGACCGUCGCGCUACGUUGAGCUCGCUUAAAUCACAUCCUGUGCCGUACAGUGAUGAUGCUAUCUCAGACCCAGGCUAUCACAGUGAUGGAGAACCAAACACUCUACAGACUCAGAUACAGACUCGUCAUCAACGUGCUCAAUCUGAUGUUCAGCCUGGCUUCCCCACUCCACCUCAAACUCCGCCGCAAGAUGCGAGCGUUGGAGAUCCUAAUCGGAACUAUGCGAAAACGUUGAGAUUGACCAGUGAUCAACUAAAAGCUCUCAAUCUCAAAGCUGGAGCCAACCCCGUUUCGUUCACAGUCAAUAAGGCUACAUGCCCAGCUACCAUGUACCUUUGGUCUUACAAGGUUCCUAUCGUGAUAUCUGAUAUUGAUGGCACAAUCACAAAGUCGGAUGUCUUAGGCCACGUCUUGAACAUGAUUGGACGUGAUUGGACACAUCAAGGUGUCGCAAAGCUCUUCACGGAUAUUGUGAGCAACGGAUAUAACAUCAUGUAUCUGACAAGUCGCUCUACCGGACAAGCAGACUUGACCCGAACAUAUCUCAAGGGAGUCUUGCAAGAAGGAUACAGACUACCACCAGGCCCAGUCAUCAUGAGCCCGGAUAGGACCAUUGCGGCAUUGCGACGCGAGGUUUAUUUGCGAAAGCCCGAGGUUUUCAAGAUGGCUUGUCUGCGUGAUAUCCUGAAUCUCUUCCCGCCAAAUCAUAAUCCCUUUUAUGCUGGUUUCGGUAAUCGUUUGACGGAUGCCUUGAGCUAUCGAUCUGUUAACAUUCCCUCGUCACGCAUCUUUACGAUCAAUUCUAAUGCUGAGGUCUCUUUGGACCUGCUGAGUCUGAACAAGUACAAGAGCAGCUAUGUGACAAUGAGAGAGCUCGUCGACCACUUCUUCCCUCCAAUCAGUCUACUUGUCCAAGGAGGUGGCGAGGAAUUCACGGACUUCACCUAUUGGCGAGAGCCUGCCGACUUGGAUGAUUUCUCAGUCACUGACAGCGAGGAAGAAGAGGAGGAACGUGAUCUCGAAAGCGAACACGAUUAUAGUGAUGACGAUACCAGCGACCUUGACGAGGAUGAACAAAUCGAGGAAAUGGGUGAUAGUUUCAUCUCUCGCGACUCUCUCGAGGAAAACGAACUGGCCGGUUCUAUGGUCGAUUCUGUCCUUGAGGAUGAAGAGACCUCCGAUGAGGAGUUAUCAGAAGCCGAUGAUGGUCUCCCCGACAUAGGCGGAGUGUCCUUGCAUGGGCCGCGUCAUUGA